UGCUCCCGUUCUCCAUAUAAAACGUUUCUGCUCUAUUCACUGCUUCUACUUGCAUCGUAGCUCCACACGACACUCCCCUUGGCAUAUUCACUCUCCUUUCUACCCUCUAGUCAUCUGCGAAGGGUGAGCUUCUGGGAGCAUUCGUCAUGGCGAAACAACCGACUGGAGACGACCUUCUUGCGCAAUUGGACGACCUUGGCAUAGAGGAGACUGCAGGUGCACCUCCAGUCCCAAAGGCUACCUCCGUCAAACGGACCAAGCCUAAACCUACCAGUACCAAUGAUGAUGAUGAUGAUGCACUUGCUGAACUCGAGAGCCUUGCCAAGUCAGGUCGACCUGCAAGUCGGCCUACCACCCCAAAGCUUUCUGCGCCCACUGCGAAGAAAGGAGGAGCAGCUACACCAGCAUCAAGUGGUUCUAAUCGUACAAGUGAAGAUAAGACGCAUGUUCCCAAUCCUCCGCGGAAAUCUGGCGAGAGUACACGCUCAUAUCACCAAAGCUACACCCCGGCUACCGACGAUUCCAUGUCCGAAAAGCGAGCUCCUGCUGCCGCUCCCCGAGAGCCCGCGCAGCAGCAAGCGGGCAGUGGGUGGUGGGGUGGGAUCUUUGGGGCUGCGUCUGCAGCUGUGAAACAGGCGGAGGCUACUUAUAAAGACCUCCAGCAGAACCAAGAUGCUCAAAGAUGGGCGGAACAAGUCAAAGGAAACGUGGGCGCCCUCCGUGGCUUCGGUGACGAGCUUCGUUCUCGUGCACUGCCAACUUUCACAAACAUCCUCCACACCAUUGCGCCGCCUAUUUCUUCCCACGAGCGGCUUCAAAUCCACAUCACACAUGAUCUUGUUGGAUAUCCGUCAUUGGAUCCUCUAAUCUACGAAACCUUUGCCCGAGUGAUGCAACAAGUCGAAGGGGGUGAUCUCAUGGUUAUUCAACGUGGCUCAGAGUCCACUCAACGUCGAGCAUCCGACGCGGGGUACAUGGGGUCAGGGUCAAGUGGCUGGAGAGAUGGGCCAUGGUGGAGACAGAAAGAGAAGCGCGAUAUGGGAGCAGUCAUGGGCGUCGUGGAAGGGACUAAACUAGCCCGUGUAGGCGCAGAGUCAUAUGCUAACGACUUCUUCUCUGCAAGAGGAGGUGUCGAAGAAGCCGCUAAACAGGCGACUCAAGUUCUCAGUGAAAGCAAUCCUGUUCGGAGCAGCGAUAUCUUCCUCGCCAUUCAAGCUGUAAAGUACAACCUCCCCGAUGAUCAAUUUGCGGGACCAGCCGAAGAGAAGAAAGACGGAGGUGUUUUAGAGACCAAGGAAGCGGAGGAGUUGAUUGCUUUUGCCAUCUAUCUACACGAUCCUAUUCAUAGCAUUAGCUUCCGCACCCUAUCACAGACCUUUCCUCAACGGUGGGCCGACUGGCUGGAUGCCCCUGCUGGUGAGAACGAACUACCUCCGGAAAUCCUGGAAAUCAUCGAGACGGGCGGUGUGGAUCCUCGAGAAUGGGUAGCAGAGUGGGUUGAAGAUACUCUGGGCCUAAGUGUUGGGAUAGUAGCACAGCGAUAUGUGGCCAGGAGGAUGGGUGUUGGUGAAGGCGGUAUCGGCAGAGGCAAAGCAAAAGACGCGGCCGUCGAUAUAAGCGGAGGCGAGGCCGCCCGUGUUGUCUGAUGCCGUCGAAAUGAUAAUAUCUUUGAUACAUUGGUGCCAAUUCUUGGUCGGAGCCUUCAUUCCGUAUCGGCGUAUUGAGCUUCCAGAAUCAUUGAGUCUGAGACUGCCGUAACUCUCUUCAGGCAUUGUGAUUCGCUGUAUGCUCGAACCGUGAUGCGUCUUCCCCUAGAAUGCCCAGACUUGUCACACUCAUUUCUUAGUCUUCUUCUCGGCCUCCGCCUUUUUCUUAUCUUUCUUCCCGCCAGCCAGAAGUUCCAAAUGGCCUGCCUUUUGUGCCAAGCUUU